AUGAAGUGGACGAAGCCCACCAGGAUUCAGGUGGAAGCGAUACCAUGGGCGUUGCAGGGUCGAGACAUCAUCGGGCUGGCUGAGACGGGGAGCGGUAAGACGGGUGCAUUCGCUCUGCCGAUUGUGCAGCGCCUCCUGGAUGACCCGCAGCGCUUCUACGCCGUUUGCCUUGCACCCACAAGAGAGCUCUGCGUGCAAAUUGGCGAGCAGUUCGAGGCGAUUGGCAGCACUAUCAAGCUGCAGACUGCCACAGUGGUGGGGGGUCUUGCCAUGGUGGAUCAGGCCAUGGCACUUGCGAAGCGACCGCACGUGGUGAUAGCGACGCCCGGGCGACUGGUGGAUCAUUUGGAAAACACUAAGGGCUUUCACCUGAAGACAGUCAAGUACUUGGUCAUGGACGAGGCGGAUCGCCUGCUUUCCAUGGACUUUGAUGAAGCCUUGGACAAAAUCCUGGAGGAUGCAGCCCAGUUGCCAGAGAUCUACUUGCACGUGCCCAAAGACUCCCUGUUGAAGCUUUCACUGGGAGCUGGCGAGGUUGCGCCUUGCCUUGCGGCAGUGCACGCCAGCCGGCGUGCCCGCAUCCGCCGGGCAGGCGUGUCUUUGUGGGAGCUGCCUACUCUGCCUCUGCCUACCCUGGUCCCUGCACCGGACUUUGAAGAAGCGCCAGGGCAAUUGCACCAGGCAUAUGGCCCUGUGGGGCUGCAGAGCCUGAAACUAGAUGGGGAGCUGCUGGCAUUCUUAGAGAAUGCAUGUGCAGGAGAUCCGGAACGUUUAUCCUCCAUGGGGUUUUGCCAGUGCGUAGACCAUGCCGCGCUGCCAGAGCAUCACUACAUGGAAGGCUACUUCCACACCCUGGGCAGUUCUGCGGUGGUUUCUGCCAACCCCCGCACGGGUGGCAGCAUGCCGAAGCCAGCGGCGAACCUGCAGCUCAGAGCCUUUGCCCAGAGCCUGCGCGCGGCCAAUGCAGAGGUGCUGUGCAAGCUUGCCGCAGACUGCCCCGAGGGCUCACUGCUGCAGAAGGCCUUGAGAGAAGGACGAGCUUUUGCCGAUCUGGCGGUGCAAAUCCAUUGGGGCCAGGCGGUGAGGUCGGCGGAUGUGCAGUGGCACAUUGACGCGCCCAACUCGGCGCUCCACAUGGCGGUCUCGGUGCAUGGGGGCCGCACUCUGAAGAUGAAGCUGAGGGAUCCCUUCGCACUCGACACAAAGAUUGUCGACGAACGGCAAGAGCCCGGGGACGUCUACAUCGGGAACCCUGCAGCCUUCGAGCACGGCCUCGAGUAUGACGAAGCCACCUGGGAGACGCGCAUGAUAGCGCUCCAACUUCGCCUUCUAUUCACAGAGGAAGAGCUUGGAUGUCCCAACGCGGCCAUCGGGAUGGACGCGCUAGCAAAGGGUGUGGCAAGCCAGAAGUUUCGCCUGCCCAGCAUGGAGGAAGUGCGCUCCAGGUGCAUGAGCCUGAAAGGUGCCGGCCCGUUGCUGAGGCGGAUGCCAGAUGGCUUUGAUGAAGCUGUCAACUUCGGCAACUGCGAUAUAGCCAAGGAGAUGUCCCUCCGGGCUGAGGCGGUGGAUGCCGAGGCUUUGGCUCAUCUGGCGAGCGGUGAAUAUGGUGGUUUGACUUGCCUCAUGAACAUCGUGGGCCCAAAGUUGGCAGCGCAAAUGCACAUGGAGGCAAAGAUCCUCGGAGAAACUUUGAAGCCUUCGAAGUAUUGGAGCAGUUGGCAAGAAGGCCGGGGGGAUGCUUACCGGCUCAUCAACAAGCCGAACUGUGAGCUGAUGGGCUAUUGCGGUUUGGCUUGCGGCAUCGAGCUGCUGGAGGUGGUUUGCGCGCGACUGGGGCUGCAGCCCACCUCGGAGCUGCAGCUGGCGCGCUUCGGGCCGGGGGAUGCCUACGAGGCGCACACGGAUUCCUCGGCGCUGGAGGAUUUGGACGAAGCGAUGCCGCUGGAGCAGCGCCGAAUGAUCGCGUCCAGGCGCAUCACCGCUAUUCUGUAUCUCAACAAUGACUGGGAUGCCUCCUUUGAAGGCGCCCUUCGGGCCAACGGGCGGGUUCCCGUGGAUGUGCCUCGAAGAGAAGUCUGCCAUGAGUGUUUGGAGCAUGGCCGAGAUAACGUCUUGCCAUACGGCGGCUCCUUGGUCCUCUUCCGCUCCAGGGACUUGGAGCAUGAAGUGCUGCCUCCGAAGAAGAACAGGUAUGCCAUGACCAUGUGGUCAGACUUGACACCGAAAUGUUGGGCCUCAGCCUUUGCGGCUUAG